CGCUUCCGGCUGGACGAGGACACGUCACUCGUUCGACUAAGGAAGAGGACCCGGUUGCAAACCUCACCUAGCGACACGUUUAGCAGAAAUCACACGGAGAAAACGAUGUCGAAUUCGGUCAUAUCGGUCGUGUCCCGGUUCCUGGAGGAGUACACCUCCACGACGCCCAACAAGCUGAAGGUGGUCGACUCGUACUUGUUGUACAUCUUGUUGACGGGAGCGCUGCAGUUCCUCUACUGUCUGCUCGUCGGCACGUUCCCCUUCAACAGCUUCCUGUCGGGCUUCAUCUCGUGUGUGGGCUCCUUCAUUCUCGCAGUGUGUCUUCGUAUCCAGAUCAACCCACAGAACAAAGGAGACUUCCUGUCUAUCUCUCCGGAGCGAGCCUUUGCUGACUUCCUCUUUGCUCACACCGUCCUCCAUCUCGUUGUGAUGAACUUCAUCGGCUGAAACAGAUGUGGAUUCAAAUUAAUUAGCCCCCUUUUCAAAAGAGAUCACGACAUGAGAAGUUUAAAAAACCCUCCCAGGCAAGGCAUGAUGCUGCGUUUUCAACACGGAUUUAGUUGCAUCUUGCCACUUGAUGCAGUACAAUUUUCUUACGGAUAAACUGGUUGAUAUCUGCCCUUUUUUUUUUUUAAAUGUAAAAAUUUGAAAAGCAUUCCUCUUUUUGCACUGAGGCGAAGAAAUAAAAACAACUGAAAUGUG